GCCAAUGGCCUGCCCCAUCACCUGACCGCUAUUUGAAUAUUGAUGCUCCCCCUGCCGCCACCCUCCAGUGUUGUUGUUGUCUGACAUUGUCCGAGUCGCGGGACCGUCGCUACGGUAGGAGAUUUCCAUAACCGGACUAGACGAUCGAAAUGUCUUCGUUGCUCAAGCCUUUUUCAGUGUGCGAAGGACCGUGCGAGAGCUGCGGUGUGAGGAGAGGAUGCGCGAGCUCAGCUCCUCAUCGGCAGCCUUCAUCGCAGCGUCUGGCAGCCGCAGCUGCCGCGGCGGGGCUGGGCUCUCUGCCGACCCACCAGCGGUCGUACGCGGCGAGGAGAAACCUGGCGGCUGCUGCAAUCGGAGGGAGGAAAAUCACCCAUCCUGGAAAGGCCAUCCUUGCAGGUGGCAUUGCAGGAGGAAUAGAGAUCUGUAUCACAUUCCCCACAGAGUAUGUCAAGACCCAGCUGCAGCUAGAUGAGAGAGCCAACCCGCCGCGAUACAGAGGGAUUGGUGACUGUGUGAAGUUGACUGUGCAGGAUCACGGGCUCAGAGGGCUGUAUCGCGGUCUCAGCUCCCUGCUUUAUGGAUCAAUACCCAAGUCUGCAGUGAGGUUUGGCACGUUUGAGAUGCUCAGCAACCCAAUGCGAGAUGCCACAGGUCGCUUAGACAACACGCGAAGCCUCUUGUGUGGUUUAGGAGCAGGUAUAACGGAGGCAGUCAUCGUCGUCUGCCCCAUGGAGACGCUCAAGGUGAAGUUGAUCCAUGACCAGUGUUCCCUCAGACCUCGCUACAGGGGCUUCUUCCAUGGAGUCAGUGAGAUAAUCAGAGAACAGGGUGUGAGGGGGACGUAUCAAGGUCUGACAGCAACUGUGCUGAAACAAGGAACCAAUCAGGCCAUCCGAUUCUAUGUGAUGAAUGCGCUGCGCAAUUGGUACAAAGGCGAUGACCCCAGGCGAGACAUGCACCCAAUUGUCACGGCAAUGUUUGGAGCGACGGCGGGAGCAGCAAGUGUUUUUGGAAAUACACCUCUGGAUGUGGUGAAGACCAGGAUGCAGGGUUUGGAGGCCCACCGCUACAAAAACACAGUGGACUGCGCCUUCCAGAUCUUGAAGCAGGAAGGACCACAGGCGUUCUACAAAGGAACAGUUCCUCGGCUUGGCCGCGUAUGCCUGGAUGUUGCCAUAGUCUUUGUCAUCUACGAGGAGGUGUACAAACUACUCAACAACGUGUGGAAAACUCAGUAGACCGGCUGGACGGUUACAGAGAUUCAGACAGAAGCACAGAUCAGUGCCUCAUGCUACGCACAACUGAACACCUCUAUCCUAGUUCGUACUCGCUCUCAGCAUUUACCCUGAGCAGAUGACACUUCAUCAUGACAAGUUUGCAAACUUUUACAUAAAACAAACGCAGGAUGUAUUCCAAAAAACAAUGAUUAACAAAAAGGACGGAGAGUGGCUGAUAGCACAAACAGUUCAGUUUUGCAUUUCUCCUUAAGGCCCAUUUAUGCUCCCUUUACGUCCGAAAAUGUAUAUGUCUGUUUCAAAUGAUGUUACCAUCACUGCCCACGUACUUCCAUGUGUCCUUUACGUUGGCAUGGAUGUUAACCAAUAUAUCCACCAGGGGGCAGCCCAGAGUCAAAAGUUUGACAACAACAAACUCAAAAACAAACAUGGCGACUGUGGAGGAGAUAUUGAUAAUGUACCUCUUGCAUAAAAGACAAAGCCUCUAGUAUUGCUGAUGAGAGAAAUUGACGACAAGCAUCAUUUCCAGUACUUCAGGAUGGCAGCAACACUGCCCCCACGGUUUCCGGUGGUACUGCUCCAUUCGGCCUGUAUCCGUUAGCUCUAUGGAAAUGUGCAGAAAUACGGACAAAAUGAACACGGAGCACGGACAGAAGGCUCUGUCCAUAUCCGGAUCUGUAUUUAAUGUUGAGCAUAAAUGGGCCUUUAUUCUCUCCAGUGGUCAAACUUAGAAUUUUAUUUUGAAGAACAAGACAAGGCAAAGUCAAAUGAAGUAAUGAAAUGACCAAAUGUGUGGACUUGCUUUUUUGAGUCUUAUUUAACAUGUAGAGAGUGUACGUAGAAAAGAAACACACAUUAUUAUUAACCAAAGUUUCUCGUUAGAGGGCCGAGGAAAAGAAAACAAAAGUUAGGUUUAAAAAAGGGAUAUUACGUAAUCUUUUAGCUUUCCAUGACUGUUGUUACGGUACAUGUUGUGGAGUGAACACUUUGUACUGAAACCAUAAACGUGUCUUUUGAUUCACUGAGAACUUACUAUACUGAGCGAAGAACAGAGCAGCUACUGGACACAAACCAGCUCUCUGCAGUACUUUCAGAUGUCUGUGCAGUACUUCAACACAUCUCUGUGUUGUGAUUGCUUACCUGACUGUGCUUGUGGUGUCAUCACACUAGAACAUUUGCAGUAUUUCCUCGCUGUACUUUGGUGAUGAACUUUAAAUACUGUUCAUUGUGCAUUUCAUGGCCCGCUCCUGGCAACUGCUGAGUAUGGCUGCAUGGAUCUCGAUGUGGCAUCUGUCCUGUUAUGCGCUGACAGUGGCUCGCAGGCUUGUCAAGGCUACGCAAAUUGGUCUGGAGUCAGUACCUUGCUUGCAAAUUUCCUUCAGAGUGUUACGAACUGACACGAGUAGUCGUUAAGCACACACAACAGGAGACAAAUCCAUAUGUAGCACAAUCUUCACAUGCAGUCUUAAGAUAAGGUGUGAGUUACUGAUAGAAGUUAAGUGAGCUCAUUGUUACAUUUCAACAUCAGAUAGGUAACUAAGGUGUUCAGAAGGUGGCUGAGUUCUCUGAUGCUGCAUGUGAAGGCUUUAUUUGGGAAUAUCUGACCAGUAAUGUGUUUGAACAGACCCACAAUCAGGCUGUUUCCAAACAGGUGCAUAAAGAAGCCCAUUUCCACCUGUGUGAUGAAAACAAGAAGAUCCUUUAAGUCAUUAUAAUGACAUUUUUUUCUAAAAAAUAAUGAAUUAGUGUCAUUAUCCUCAAGAUAUUAAGUCAGUGUUUUGAGAAAUUUUAUUAUGAAUUUUUUUUAAGGUAGUUUCAUUAUUUUCAGAUGCAAACUUAUUUGUGAAG